GCGAAGCACGAAACGAAAAUGUUUAUCGUUUGCGGAUUUUAGAUUGUUGAGCUUACAAAAAAGGUGGCGAAUGAGAAGUUUCAAAGUAUCCCAUGGAAACUCACCAGCUGGAUCUAUUAAAGGAAAUGUUGAAAAACAAGACGUGGUAUAAGAGAUCAUUUCUUUUCCUUUGGAUCUGUCAUGGGGUUGUUCGUGGAGAAUUAAACACUACAGCCUUUGAAGACGAGACCACAAAACCAUUUUAUGAUGAAAGUGAUUAUUUUACACGUAGUUCUUCAAUCACCACUGAACAGGCAACGUAUGAUGCUAUUGUUUCUACUACAAAUCUCCCAAUUGUGUCCGAUUCUGAACUGAAUUCAACUUCCGUUUUAAAGCCGCCCGCUGAUGUUUUUCUAAAGCAUCAAGUUCUCGUAGCCAAUACGUGGACAGACCUAGAUACGCCAGAGUCAAACGAGCUGCCUGGUGUUCCUGGGAUUCCAGGAAGACCCGGGAAAGACUACCCCAUCUAUGGAAUUCCAUUGCCAAAGACAAAGUUCCGGUGUAGAAAACCUGGUUAUUUUGUCGACACGGACGCUCGUUGUCAGAUGUACCACAUCUGUCAAGAUGACAGGAUGAACAGUUUCUUGUGUCCGAACGGGACAGUGUUUGAUCAGAGGCAUCAAGUGUGCAACUGGUGGUUUUCUGUCAAAUGUCCAUUCAUCCCUCCGUUUCUUCAAUCCAAUGCCAAAUUAAAGUACUGAAGAUCUCCAAAUAUGGACCAACACUAGCAACACCCAAACUCGUUUUAUCAUAUAAAUAUAUAUUCCUUCUAUUGCAUAGAAUAAAGCAUAUCAUGUUAAAAAAAAUACAUUCUAUAGAUAAAAAUCUUAAACAAAAGGGACAAGGCCAGUUAAACAAUAUUCAAUGAAGUGAGAUUCCAUUAUGUAUUGCAAGAGUUUUUGUUGUUGUUCGUUCUAAAGGAAUAAUGAAUUCGACGAAAUGUCAUAAUAUUAUUCACAUACCUGAAUUAAUUUUUACUAUAUGAUGAAGUAAAACGACUCAAAACCCCUUAAAUAGCAUAUCUUGCUUAAAAACAGAAAACCAAUCAAGGUAAGAAUUCGUUACUAAAAUGCUUAAAAAUACUUUUUCUCAAACAUUUUCUUGGUAUGAAACCUUUCCUGUACAAUGUUCUUUUUUUCUCUUCCCAAAGACUUUACAAAUUCAAGUAAAAUUCAUGUUUACACCACUAACGUGUACAACAGUACUUGAUUUACACAAAUGACAGACAGACACAAAUAUAUAUAGUAAAAUAUCACUAGAAUACGGAAAAUAAAAAUUUUCUGCAGCUCAUUUUGACAUUACAAUCUUUUAUCACCGUGCUUUUUCAUACAUUUUCCUUAUCACUCUUGAUACCAGUUUUUCUCUGUAUCCUCUGAUGCUGGGUUACCAUAGCAAUAUGACAGCUAGUUAUAAAACAGAUUAACUCAAUCUUCAAACGACUGCAAUGAUACAGAUAUAAAGAACAGUGCUAACAAAAUACUGACCACAACAAUAUUAUUUUAUUUUGUCAUACUCUAAUAGUUGUAAAAUAAAUGUGAAAAAAAAAUUAACAACUGUGGUAAAGUAACAGAUCCAAUGGAAAACCCACAAUGUCGGUAGAUUCGCAGGAUGUGCACAGAAAAUGUUUAAGUUAUGAAACUUGUAACAAUGCUAAUAAGAACAUACCAGACUAAGUGAAAAUUGUUUCUACACGCUCACGAGUAACUUAACUCGUUUCAUUUAGCUUUGGCUUUAGCUUUUAAUCAGCAAUAUUUCUUAUCCAUAAAUUUCUUUCAUCACGUCUUCUAGCGAGAAUUAUAAACAAAUUUUAAUGUAUAACUAGUUCACCUUUGUCAAGUGCAUUAUUUCGUAUGUUCGAUUUGUUGCUCAUCACGAAACAUGCUUCUUAUGAUGUUUCCAUCCAUAUAAUGGUUAAACUUAUAUACCGUAGAAUUACAUCAAAGGCAUUUAAGUUCACAUAUCACUAUAGAUGUUUUCUUAAGUAUGAAAUUCUCUUUAUACUUUUGUAUUCUAUUUUCAGGUUUAACAACUGCUCUUAAAAUCAAUAUCCGAACAAGUUCGCUGCAACAGUUUACACAAUUUUGUGAUAUGUGUUUGCCUGUAUAAGGCUUUUUAUUUUAUUCAAAUAACUAUCUAUGAUUUUAUCAACC